UACGCUAGACAAUAAGACAAUGGCGCUCAUUAUUCUACCGCUGGGUUCUUCUUUACAGUACCGAUGGCUCACGUUCUUUAUAAACUUUGACUUUACAAACGCAUGGCUAAAAAUCUUAGUGACGUUUGGUGUGAAUUUACCACAGAAAUUAAACAACUGGAUCAUGCGAGAACACGUUAUUGUCAUGUUUUGUGCAUAGAACUUUUUUCAGACGUAUUUGACGAAUGCAUUAAUGUAGUAUUUAGCCGUUCUCUUUUAAGUUUCUCCAUUAGUGACACAGACCUCUUGAGUGAAAAAAAGCAUAAAAAGCACAAGGAAGAUGUCAUUAAAAACAGCAUAUCAUGUGAAAUUGAACAUAUAUCAUCUGAUUUGGCAUUUAAUCUUAAAUGCACUGCAGAUGAUGAUCAACAUUUAUCAAUGAUAUUAGGGGAAGAUGAAGAAUUCAAAGUGAUGAAACAAAUGGGUCUUCCAACUUCCUUUGCUCUUCCAGCAAGCUUUCCACAAUGUGCUGAGGGUCCAAAGAAAAGCAAAAAGAACAAGAAGAAGAAAAAAAGAAGCAAAAAGGAGUGGUCCAACAGAUUCAUCCCAGUGAAUGUGAGAGUACAUUUCAAGAAGAGAAUAACAUUAUUGUUGGCGACACUACUCUUGAUGAUUUUGAAAGCAAGAAUCAUAACAUAUUGGUGCAUCACACUCAAAAAGAAUGAUUCAUCUUCACUGGGUUGCAAUAAACCAGUCUGUGAUGAUGAUUCAUGUGAUAGGUUUAGUUCCAAGUCUCCUGGUGGCAAUGACUGGUUAAAUUAUUGGAAGAGAUAUGGCUAUGAGCUAACUUUAAAAAGCUGGAAUGCACUUUACCCUGAAGUUACUCCACCCAAACAAGAAUAUUUACUGAACACUGUUAAUGUUACCAUGGAAGAAGACGUAUCGUUAAUGGAGAGUAAGACGCUAUUUUUGUGGAGAAAACUUAUGGAUGAAGUUUGUGCGUACUACUUUGCAGAAUAUCAUUAUUGGUAUGAGCAUGGUUAUCGUUAUGACCUGGAUGGUGUGGUACAACCUGAUAAAGACCUGAAUGGUGUGGUGCAACCUGAUAAAGACCUGAAUGGUGUGGUACAACCUGAUAAAGAGCUGAAUGGUGUGGUACAACCUGAUAAAGAGCUGAAUGGUGUGGUACAACCUGAUAAAGACCUGAAUGGUGUGGUGCAACCUGAUAAAGACCUGAAUGGUGUGGUGCAACCUGAUGAAGACCUGAAUGGUGUGGUACAACCUGAUAAAGACUGUAAAGAGAAGUUCAACCAUUGCUCUAAUUCAAAGCAUAAUGGCAAUCCAGUAUGUCAGUAUAAUCCUACUAUGUCACACGAAGAAUGUAUCUUAAGCAAUCAUAAAGAUGUGCUUAAAACAAAUUCUCAGAAAAAUCCGACUCAAUCUGUUGAUUCCAUGUGCCAUAUUACUUCCAAGGGAAAAACCACUGUCACGUGUUUGCAGGAGAACGAGGGUGAAGUAAAUCAAGAUAAUAACUCACUGCCUGAUCGUCAAGUUAACAAGAAGGCAGAUAAUAAUUUAAGACAGAGUGAAAAGAAUGAAAACUUGAGAAUUGAUGAACCCAGGACAUUAGCCCCAAAAUCAAAGCAUGAUGUUUACAAUUUUUUAGGUUUUAAGACUGCUUCUGGAACCAACUCACUUGCUUGCCAUCAAAAGUACGAACAUGCUCGUUUGACAUUCAAUGGAGAAUGUUUUUCUCUGAAAAAUUUUCCAAUGGACUCAAUUCAAGCACAUUGCUUAUACAACGAAAACUAUUCCUUUGACGAUGAAAGUUCUCAUACACAGACGCAAGAUGAUGAGGCUAAUCUUUCGACUUCAAAUUUAGGGAAUGACAGAAAGAAAGAGGAAGUACUACAAAAGGAAGAAUUGUCUAGUUUCGAGGAGAGUACAGAGACCAAUAACAGCAGAGAGACACGAAGUAUAGAAAAAUACACGAAUAGCCAGUUUGAUACAAUGAAGGAGGAAUAUUGUGGUAGUGAUCAUAUAAUCGGUGAAAACUACAAAACUCGUCCAUCGAGGCAAGGUUUGACAAAGUAUUGGCAUCAACGUUAUCGUUUGUUUUCCCGUAUUGACGAAGGUAUAAAAAUGGAUGAUGAAGCUUGGUUUUCUGUCACACCAGAACGUAUAGCGAAACAUAUCGCAUACAGAUGUCGUUGUGAUCUCAUUAUUGAUGCGUUCUGUGGUGUGGGAGGUAAUGCAAUACAGUUUGCUUUCACGUGCGAACGGGUAAUAGCAAUCGAUAUUGACCCGGUCAAAAUAGAAUUCGCGCGACAUAACGCUUGUAUUUAUGGAGUUUCAGAUAGGAUAGAGUUUAUUGUUGGAGACUACAUGAAGCUUGCACCAACUCUAUGCGCAGAUGUCGUAUUCUUAAGUCCACCAUGGGGAGGUCCCGGAUAUUCUGAUUCAACAGUUUUUGAUCUUCAAACUAUGAUACCAAUGAACGGAUACAGGAUUUUUGAUUUAACCCGUACGAUCACCAAUAACAUUGCAUAUUUUGUUCCAAAGAAUACGAACGUUGAGCAAUUGACGUCUCUUGCUGAUGUUGAUGGGAAAGUUGAAAUCGAACAGAAUCUUUUGAAUAGACGUGUUAAGACAAUCACCGCAUAUUUCGGUGAAUUAAUUAGAAAUAAACACCAACGAUCAAAUGUAUUGUAGAAGUUUUGACUUUUUUUUAUUUUUUUUUGAAUUGCGAAUAAAAUCUGUUUUUGUUC